AUGGCGGCUCUCGAUCUAAACCCUCAAAACGACAACAAAGAGAACGUCUCGCCCUCGGAGAUGACCACAACUUCUGUCAAGCCUCUGGAUUCUUCCUCAUCCAUUGAUAAAGAGAAAACCCAGAUCAGAAUAAUCAGGAGAAAACGAUCUAGAAGACAGCCUCUUAAAGACAUCACCAAUCUCUUUGUCUCAUCUUCAUCCCCAUUGUCCUCUUCGUUUCUGAUUCGUCACUUCCCCUCUUCUCAGACUCUAUCAGUAGAUCCCAAAUGCAUGAAGAGAAGAUCUGUUGUUGCUCUCAAGGCUUCUUCUACCUUCUCUUGUAGAAAUUUCAGAUGAGAUUAUAUCAUCUUAAUAUUGGGUUUUUUUUCUAGUUUCUGGAAUUAUGUAUCAGUUUUUAGUUAAGGUUAUUCUAUCAAUACCCUGUCAUUAGCUUUCAUGUACUCAACACACGAGAUAUGUUUCCAUGAGUAUACUGGUUUCUCAAAUUAUUACGAUUCUUGCGGUAUUUCUGUCCAGCGUCAGUAUAAUUACGCUCCUAACUUCAACGUAUGUAACUGUGAACAUUCGAAUUGUGAUCUGGUCUUUUCUGACUAGCUCUUGGUUUUAAAUUGAACUAGCCAGGAAUAUUUGAGAUAUUAGUAGUAGCUACUGCAAUUUUUCCCCAUCUGAGA